AUGGGGGAAAACGGGGCAGAAAUGGGAGAAAAACGGGAAGAAAUGGAGAUAAAUGGGGGAAAUGCUCUGCGAAACGGCGCUGCCGUGUCGGGCACACGGAUUCCUCAGCGGAUCCCUCAGCCGGUCGCUGAGCAGGAGCCCAGCGGGUCCCUCAGCCGGGACCCCUCGCUGGCGGCAGCUCCGGCCGAGCGGAGCGGGGGCUCUGUGGCGGCGCGCGGGCGGGGCCCCGUUUCGCACUGGACGUGGAGCGCGGCGCGGGGCAGCGCGGGGCCCCGGCAGCGGCGGCAGGACCGGCUGCGGAGCGAGAACGGGGGUGGGGUGGAGAAAGCGCAGGGCCCCGCGGCCGCCCCGCGCCCUCCCGGCGCCGCCGCCGCCGCGCUGGGCGCCAAGGUGGACGCGGCCGAGGUGGACGAGCGCUUCCCCGCCUGCAUCCGCGACGCCGUCUCGCAGGUGCUCAAGGGCUACGACUGGAGCCUGGUGCCGAUGCCCGUCCGCGGCAACGGGUCGCUGAAAGCCAAGCCGCACGUCAAGCGGCCCAUGAACGCCUUCAUGGUGUGGGCGCAGGCCGCCCGCAGGAAGCUGGCGGAUCAGUACCCGCACCUGCACAACGCCGAGCUCAGCAAGACCCUGGGCAAGCUCUGGCGUUUACUGAGCGAAAACGAGAAGCGUCCCUUUGUGGAGGAGGCCGAGCGGCUCAGGGUGCAGCACAAAAAGGAUCACCCGGAUUACAAAUACCAGCCCCGGCGGAGGAAAAGCGUCAAAGCCGGGCAGAGCGACUCGGACUCGGGGGCUGAGCUCAGCCACCACGCCGGCAGCCAGCUCUACAAGGCUGACACGGGGCUGGGGGGCAUGGCUGACUCCCACCACCACGGCGACCACGCAGGCCAGCCCCACGGGCCCCCCACGCCUCCCACCACCCCCAAAACCGACCUGCACCACGGCAGCAAGCAGGAGCUGAAGCACGAGGGCCGGCGCCUGGUGGAGAGCGGCCGCCAGAACAUCGACUUCAGCAACGUGGACAUCUCGGAGCUGAGCAGCGAGGUCAUCAACAACAUGGAGACCUUCGACGUGCACGAGUUCGACCAGUACCUGGGGCCGGCCGCCGCCGCCGCCGCCUCCUUCUCCAGCUCUCAGUGCGACUACACGGACCUGCAGAGCUCCAACUACUACAACCCCUACCCCGGCUACGCCUCCAGCCUGUACCAGUACCCCUACUUCCACUCCUCGCGCCGGCCCUACGCCACCCCCAUCCUCAACGGGCUGUCCAUCCCGCCGGCGCACAGCCCCACCGCCAACUGGGAGCAGCCCGUCUACACCACGCUCACCAGGCCUUAAAGGGCUCCCGCAGCCUCCCCAGGCUUCCCUGGAAUUAUGCACUAAUGAAGGAAUGAGGAGCAAGAGCGUGGAGUGUUCCAAAGUGCCUCCCUGAGCCGCUGGGAACUUCUGCUCGUCGCCACCUUGCUGAGAAACUCCCCGAAAAGACAGAGCUCUAUUUUUUCUUUUUU